AUGUCUUACAUCCUAAGCCUUCCGUUCAUGGACCUCAACUCUGCAGCCGAAUCCGUCACGCUCAGUGCGGGGCUGGUGUUUAGUGGUGCGGUCGACCAACAUCACGUUGAAGAGGCGUGCGCCAAAAUUGCAAAGGAAUGGCCCAUCUUGGGAUCAAAAAUUCAGAGAAAUUACCAAACUGGUAAAAUCGAAGCCGUGAUUCCUCAUCCCGAGGAGGCACGAUUGAAAGUUACCUUCCAAGCGACUGAUUCCGAACUGGCCGAACUGGAAAGCCUAUACACAAAAACCAAGUCGAUAUCCACCCAAGUUAUGCGACGAAAUCAAACCCUUUACCGAGAACAUCCACUAAAAACCGUUGAACACUAUCUCGCAACCGGAGAACCCGCAUUCAGUCUACAUGUUGCCUACCUAUCUGAUGCGACGAUAAUCACUUUGACUAUCCUGCAUAUCCUCAUGGACGCAUCUGGGUUUACCGAGUUCGCUAAAGCUUUUAUCCGUGCUCUAAACGAGGAGCCCAUUCCACCCAUCUUGGCUCAUGACCCUUGGUCAAUUCUGCUUCCUCGCGCUCUGGAGUUACCUGACAAUCCUGAUUCAAGCUUUGGCUGGGUGAUCUGGGGCCCUGAGCAAGGUAUUGCACUUCGUAAUGCAGAAAGUAAAGCCUUUGAGGUAGAUGGGCCAUUCGAACAACGGAUCGUCUACUUCCCGGCCUCUGAAAUCGAUCGAUUAAAAAGUGAAGCACUCGCAGGACUUGAACUGGCUGGAACUCCGGUUUCGUUCUUGAGUACCAGCGAUGUGAUUUCUGCUUGGCUGUACAAGCAUACAUUCAUCGAUGAGAACGAACCCGAAGAACAAACUCGCUUCAUCUACGUAGUCGACGCCAGAAAUCGGUUCCCAGAAGCAUUUACCCCGGGUCAUGCAUAUCUACAGAAUGCCUUUUUCAACAUGUCCACUGAACAUUUGACGAGUGUGCAAGUGCGCUCCAAGUCUCUUGGCGAACUAGCCUACUUGAUUCGUAAUUCUGUUCAAAAACAAACCACACCUGGUCAAUUACUCGGUCAACUCAAAUGGAAGCAUGAUCAUGCUGGGCAGACACAGGUUGGGUUCAGUCCCGGAGAAGGCAUGCAAUUCGCAUCGAGCUGGCUGUCGUUUGGUCUGGGAAAUUUGAACAUCGAGAAACAUAUUAAGCCGGGAACUGGCUCUGGCAAGUUUUAG